UAUGAAUAAUUAUUUCCUCUAAUCAAAUAAAGAUUAAAUUACUACUACUACAUCUUUGCCUUCAAUUCUUUGGCGUUGGUUGGUAUAUAUGUAGUGCUUUUUUUAAUUUAUAGCAAACUUCAUUUAUUUCCCCUCCUCUGCAUUUUUUCUUCUUUUUAAUUUAUGGGUCUGCGUCGUCUGCCUUUAAUAUAAAGAUCUGUAAAACCUGUUUUUUUUUCUUUUGGUUAUUUUUCUCUAGUGCAAUUCUUCUUCUUUUUAUUUGCCGCCACCGACACUUCCGCGCCCAUGUUUCAACGAAUCAUCAAGAUUGGUUUCUCAUCGUUUUUCUUCUUCUGAUUCCUUCCCCGCCCCCCCAUCUAACAUCCAUUAUUCUUACCUUGUUCAUCAACUUGUACUUCUUCUUCUUCUUCUUCUAAAGGUGGAAACUUUGAGGGAAAACUGUGUCUGGGUCAACUCUAAUUUGUUCUUCUUCUUUUUUUCGGAUUUUAAUUUGGGUCGGUCGAUCGAGUAUAUAUAUAGUAUAGUAUAUAGAUACGCGCGCAGCUGGAGGGAGGCCAAGAUAGGAUGAUGCGGAUGAAGACAAACCCCGCCGCCGUUCCUCUGCCGGAGAUGUCAUCCGGAGGCUCUCGUGUUGCCGGCGGCGGCGGCGGCAACAGUGAUUGGGAGAUGAGGCCCUGCGGGAUGCUUGUCCAGAAACGGAACACUGAUUCAGAUGACCGCCCCGCUCCUCCCACUAUCCGGGUCCGGGUCAAAUACGGGUCGGUCUACCACGAAAUCAACAUCAGCUCCCAAGCCACCUUCGGGGAGUUGAAGAAGAUGUUAACAGGGGCGACAGGGUUGCACCACCAAGAUCAACAGCUGCUGUUCAAGGACAAGAAGAUGGACUCCAAAGCAUUUCUUGACAUUUCUGGGGUUAAAAACAAGUCCAAGAUCUUGCUCGUUGAGGACCCAAUCAGCCAAGAAAAGAGGUAUAUUGAGAUGAGGAAGAACGCUAAGAUGGAGAAGGCUGCAAAGACCGUAUCAGAGAUCAGCUUGGAGGUCGAUAGGCUCGGUGGCCAGGUUUCUGGGCUUGAAUCUGUAAUUUCAAGGGGAGGGAGGGUCGAGGAGAAGACGAUAAUAACGCUGAUCGAGUUGUUGAUGAAUCAGCUCCUUAAAUUGGAUGGCAUUCUUGCUGAAGGUGAUGUCAAAUUGCAGAGGAAAAUGCAGGUAAGAAGAGUUCAGAAGUAUGUGGAGACACUUGAUAAGUUGAAAAUCAAAAAUUCAAUGCGGGCGAGCAGUAGUGGCAGUAGUAGUAGUAGUAAUAGUAAUGGGGAGGAGGAUGGGAGUUCAACGCCGUUGCAGGCUGCUGCAGCGGCAGCCAGCAAUAACGGGAAUCAUAAACAGCCUGUCGUGAUAACGACAAAAUGGGAGACGUUUGAUCAUGCCCCAUCACGUCAAGGAACGCCGGCUCAUCGUGCUGGACCCACAUACAGCUUGAUUUGAUUAUUGUGUAUUUCAUCAGCCCUCUUCUUCUUCUUCAUUCUUUGUUGAUGUGUUGUUGGUUUGGUACCUGCAGAUGCUGCUGCUACAAAAAAGACUAUAUAUAUAUAUAUAGUCUCCAUUCUUUUGUGUAUGUAGAGGUUUUGUUAGGAUUAUCAUUCCUCAAACCCCCCCUCCCUCCCUGUGUUUGAAUGUGCCUAUAUAUUGUCAUGUGAAAUAAUUGGGAUAUUCUUUGGUACCCCCUCGUGAUGUACUAGUAUGUGUUUG